UGGGCCCAGCCCUCCAGCCAGUUCUUUACCCAGCAAAGAGUGUACCUGUCCAAGACAUGGACUGCCAGCCUCCCCAGGAGAAUACUGUAGAAGACAGGUUACAGAGGCUUUCCUGAAGUCUAGGUGGAGUACAUCCACAGCCUUUCCCUCUCUCGCUAGGCAGUCACCUGGUCAUAGAAGGAAAUGAAGUUGGUCAAGCAGGACCAGCCAUUCAUGGAUCUGUAUGGGCUAGGCCUUAUUUCCUGAUUGUUCUACAAACAUUUUGAUACUGAUGACUGAACACAGCAGGAGCACACACCCUUAAACAAAGCAGAAAUACAAACUAUAAAACAGAAUCAAUUGCCUAAGUUGCUGAUCAACUACACUUAAUUUUAAAUUAAGUAUUUCCAGGAACAGUACAAUAAUGUGUUAGUCUUUUAAAGACUGGAAAUGUAAGGGUGGCUAUGGAAGGAGUUCAUGCCCAUGAAUUUGCAAGAAUCAAGUUAAUGAAGAAAUACAUUUGAGAGGAUUAACAUUGUUGUAGAAAUUAGUGUGUGAAGAGAUUGGUUGAGAGCAUGUGGUGCUGAAGAAUGUGAAAGGGCAAUUGAGUUCUACUGGCAGACUUGUCAAGGACAGCUUGAUUCCUAGCCAUGAAGUGGAACAUGCUGAGAAGAGAAGGUGAUGCAAGGUAGAAGUUUGAAAGUGUAUCUAAGAGGAAACAGGGGAAAUGAGCAUCUGUCUGUCCCAACUGUAAGGUAGGGCUCUGAAUUGCUCUGGUUUUCUUCAGCUUACAUCAUCAGGCAGUAGGGAACUGUACUGAAUAACUGGAGUUAUUUUAAGAGUUUAAUAAACUCUUUCUGGUAGUUCUUAGGAUCCUUUGACUGAUUUUCUUUAUGUUUAACUCCCCAUGGUAAGCAGCAGAUGUGGAGGGGCUUUUAGAGGCUAGUAUAUUUCAAGUCCCUGGAGUAUAUUGUUCCUUCUUUAAAUAAAGUUUUGGGAAAUAUGUAAAAUGUGUAAGAAAGCACAUGGCUUAGCAGUACAAGUAGCUCUACCCGUCAACCUAAGGUGGAGAUGACUAAAUGUAGGCAGGGAGGAAUGUUUUUGCAUAACUUGGGGUUUUUGUUGUGGUUGUUCUUUGUUUUUUUCUUGUGUGUGUGCGUGUGUAGUUUUCUGUUGUUCUACUUCUGCCUUUAAUGCCAAGAGACUAGGCUCCAGUUCACUUUCUAUUGAAAUUAAUGAACUUACAUUGGUGCCAGUGGAAGAGCUGAUGCCUCAACAGAAAUUGCGGAGCAGAACUAAAUGUCCUUUGUAUGGCUAGCAAGGACAGGGGUAGCACUAAAGACCACAGAAGACAGGUACGUGGCAGCCGGUCACACAAAUGUUCAGAGUAUUGCCUCCCAGUGUUCAAUCCAAAUGCUCGUGAUUAAGACUGAAAAGCAGUAUUACAGACAAUUACAAACUACUUUGCCUUCAGAAGGUCUCUUUUCUCUAUUCUUUACUUUCUGGUUGGCCUGUGGCCAUUUUUCACCAUUUUUAUACAGUUUCAUGCAUCUGUCUCAUUGAUCUUCUCAUACCUUUCCUUCAGGUGUCAUCUCACCAUACUUCUAAUUCAUCCCUACCUGCUGUGUGACAAUGCUGAAACUAUAGUAUAUCAUUGACCAUCUGAUGUGAAAUAGUUAGCUGUUAUGUUAAUUAUUUUAGGUCAGGUUUUCACAAUUAGAAAAUGUACAUGCAUGUGCUUAUAGGUUCUGUUGGAAUCCACUGUUAUACUGGUUUGCAAUUAUUUAAGGAGGCUGAUCAAAUAUCAAGUAUCUCAGGAAAAAUCCUAUACUUAUUGAUUGAUUUAUUUUUGCAAAUGCAGGACAAAAAUGGUUGUGGGUUUUUGUUGUUUGUUGUUGUUGUUUUCUUUUGUCUUUUUCAACACUACAAAGGUAUCAGUAGGACAGAUUCAGACAUCAGGAUUGACUCAGAAAGUCAACAUGAAAGAAACUCGGAAACCACGUGCAGACGACAAAUUCUGUGGCAUUUCCAGGCUUAAGUUAUUUCUGCUGGCGCUGGCAUUUGCAUUUAUUGGUAAAACGAUGACUGGUGCUUACUUGAACAGCAUGUACACACAGAUAGAGAAGCAAUUCAAUAUUCCAGCAUCUUUAGUGGGGAUCAUUAAUGGAAGCUUUGAAAUUGGUAACCUGCUGCUGAUAGCAUUUGUGAGUUACUUUGGAGGAAAGUUUCACAGACCCAAAUUAAUUGCUUUGGGCUGCACAGUUUUUGCAUUUGGCUGUCUUUUGACAUCAUUUCCUCAUUUCCUAAUUGGAAGGUAUCAUAUUGAAAGCAGCGUUGUACCACAGGAGAAUUCUUCAGUUGUUUCUCUGUGCCAUGUUAACCAAAGCAUGUUCUCUUUACGUACAGAGGAACCAUCAACAGAGUGUGAAAAGGAGCCUGGGUCCUUGCUGUGGAUAUUUGUGAUGCUUGGAAACUUAAUACGAGGAAUGGGUGAAACUCCUGUUGUUCCUUUAGGCAUUUCAUAUUUGGAGGAUUUUGCCAAAACAGAAAAUUCACCUUUCUACCAGGGUUGUCUACAUACUGCAACAGUAAUUGGCCCCUUUCUUGGUUUCUUGCUGGCAUCAUUCUGUGCAAAACUGUUUGUUGAUCUGGAUUCUGUAGAUGCAGGGGAGCUAACUAUAACACCUACUGAUGUCCGCUGGGUUGGAGCAUGGUGGCUGGGCAUUUUGAUUUGUGCCUUAGUGAAUUUUCUUGCAGGACUACCUUUUUGGUUUUUGCCCAGGUCACUUUUGAAGGAAGGGGAAACCAAUGAAUCUGAGGAGACCUGUAAAAAGGAAGGAGUACUAUUAAAAGAAAAUGAACAAAAGGAAACUAAACAGACCAUGUAUGAAAUUGCUAAAGAUUUCUUCCCAUACCUCAAGGCUUUGCUUCGCAACCCAGUUUAUAUGUUAUUUAUAGUUAUAUCUGUGCUACAGUUCAGCGCCUUCAUUGGCAUGAUAUCCUUCAUGCCUAAAUAUUUGGAACAGCAAUUUGGAAAAUCUGCAUCAGAUGCCAUCUUUUUAAUUGGUGUUUACAACAUACCAAUUAUAUGCCUUGGAUACUUUUUUGGAGGUUUAUUUAUGAAGAAAUUCAAGAUAAAUACCUACCAGGCUGCACAUAUAGCAUGUUGGGUAACUUUUCUGGAUUACCUUCUAUACUUUAUUGCCUUUUGGACUAUCUGUGACACUUCACCAGUUGCCGGCCUAACAGUUUCCUAUGAAGGAUUAGAUCAGUUGUCAUACGCAGAAAAUACUCUACUUGCUGACUGCAACAGAGAUUGUGAUUGCACACUUAAAGUAUGGGACCCGGUUUGCGCGAACAAUGGAAUCACUUAUGUGUCAUCUUGUCUGGCUGGGUGUAAGGCCUCAACAGGAACUGGAAAAAGUGUGGUAUUUGAAAAUUGCACCUGUGUUGCAGCUUCAGAGUUUCCAUUUCAAAAUGCCUCUGCAGUUCUGGGCCAAUGUGACAAAGGAGAAAACUGUGACAAGAUGCUUCAGUACUUUUUAAUACUACAAUUAGUUGGCAGCUUCAUUUUCUCCUUAGCAGCAAUGCCUGGAUUCAUGGUCUUAAUAAGGUCUCUAAAGCCUGAAGAAAAAUCAUUUGGAGUGGGUAUGCAUGAACUAUCUGCAAGAGUAUUUGCUGGAAUUCCAUCUCCCAUUUUUUUUGGAGCUUUGAUAGACACCACAUGCAUGAAAUGGGGUACUAAGUCUUGUGGCGGAGAAGGAGCAUGUAGGAUAUACGACAUAGUCAAAUACAGGUGGAUUUACCUUGGUCUGCCAUCAUUGUUACGUGGACUGUCCUUUAUCCCAGGUAUAAUAACUAUCGUUAUUCUAAAGAAGAAACUUACAUCUGAAAGGAAUGCCUCAUUGAAUGCACCAGUAGAACUGCAGGAAAAAGGACAAUAAGCAUCGAGACAGCAUUUCAAAGCAGAAUAUAUUGUGAAAAAACCUCACAGUGUAAAUUUCGGACACAUCUUUGUAAACUAUUUCUUAUUUUAAUUACUUAACUUCUGGACAGAGAUUAAUAGAUAUUUACAAAGUUACAUCCUAAUUAUAUUCUCAUAUUAUUAGCAGUUCAUAAACAGGAGUUACAGGAAAAAUGGGCUUGGUGCAAAGUCACAAAGAAUAGAAAUAUGCCAGGUUUGAUUCAUCUGAGCAAAGGAGUACAAAGCAGAAGCAUACGGUUUCAGUCCUGGUUUCACUGAAGGUAGUGAGAGUUUUGUAACUGACUUCAGUGAUGCCAGAUUUUGUCCUGGAAUUCUUCAUUGCCUUCUGCUGCCAUCUCUCUUGUUGGCUGCAGACAAGAUGUGAAGCUUUAUUGAGCCGAAGUAUUUCAUGAACUUAAGUUGUCAGCCUUUUCAAGCAAGGACUGUAUGAUAUUUUACACGUUGUAGGUGGUCAAUAUAAUGGGAACUUAGUUUAUAUCAUGUGCUGCAGUAAUAACAACAAAUACAAAUAAACUUAAUUUUUAAAAAAGUGC